UUGUGGUUUAAACUUUGUGGCUGGCUGCAGCUAAAUGUAAAUCAACGCAUCAUCAGCGCAUCUCAUACUUGGAUGAGUCAGGCAUCAUUAAAACGAAAGCCAUCAAAUUAAACAGCUUUACUAGAUAUUGAAACAUUUUAUAUAGUGAUGUCCGUGUCACGUUCUCGCAGUGCAUUAUCGCCCAACAACAGUAUUACAAAUGGAAAAGGCGGCGGUGGCAGCGGCAUAGGCGUUGGAGCUGGUGGUAGCAGCAACAGCAGCGGUUAUGUCAAAGACCGGUAUAUACACGAAUUACCACUGCAGCAGUUGCGUUUGCUUUGUGAACAUUUGGAUGAAAUGCAAAUUUGGAUGCAAUUAGCCGAAGCUAUGCAACUACGGCCGGCAGAUGUGAAGUUCAUUAACCAACAACAGGAGCUGGGUAAAUCACCAUCAUGGCAAUUAAUGCAAAAGUGGGGCAUUGAGUGCAAGCAUACAGUUACUGAACUUUUCAUGUUGUUGUGGAAAACAGAGCAACAUCACGCAAUGCGUAUGCUAAAGGAUUUCGUAGAACGCAAAUAUCAGCUACUUAUUCCCCGCAGUCAACCGCGCUUAACUAUGCUUAUGGCCGCCAAC